AUGUGCCGUCCGAUAGCCGCCGCGCUGCUGGCUUCCCUGUGUGCCUGCGCCGCCGGUCUGGAGUCCGACACCGCCCCGGGGGCCGUAUCUCUGACCUCUGUGGAGUCUGCGCUCUGGCCGCCGGCUGAGGAGGUUGUGUACCGCCGAACCGAGACGGCCUCGACCUGCGACUGCCGCUCGCUGUGUCUGAUGGACACGCGCUGCCAGGCGGCCGGAGCGCAGCUCCUCGGCAGCGGGAGGUUCUCCUGCCGCCUGGCCAGUCAGAGGAAGCUGGAGGCGCCGCCGCAGACGCCGCCACCGGCCGAGGAGGGCGCCUGGUUCGAGCGAGGCGGCUCGCCGGAGAUCUCUGAGGUCUGCUGGUGGGAGGAGAGCGGAGAGGCGGCCGGCUUUUGCGGCCGCGCGCCCGACUGCGCCGCCAUCAGGAAGCUGGGCGAAACGUGGUCGGGAUACAGGCAAGUGCAGGCGGCUGGUAGUCGGGUCAGCGUCAUCUGUGACAUGGACACUGAUGGUGGAGGCUGGACCAUGAUACACAGGCGUGGCGAAGGUAAAAACACCACAUACGACAAGACGGAGGAGGAUUUCAGAGCAGGCUUCGGGUACACAAUGGGGGAGCACUGGUUGGGACUGGAUUCCAUCGCAAUGCUGGUGAAGCGCGAGGAGCAUCACCUGCGGGUGGACCUCUGGAAGGGCGACAGCUUCACGACGGCCACCUACGACCUCAAGCUGGUCUCCGCACGGGACAACCGAUACGAUUUCGUCAAGCUAUCCGGCAACGCCACCGACGGUCUGGCCGAGGCCGGUCACCAAGGAUUCAGCUUCUGCGGGCUGCCGUGCACGUUCGGGGGCUGGUGGGGCUACGAGGAGGGCGGGGAGCAGGCCAACCUGAACGGAGUGCUGAACGAGUCGACUGGCAAGUGGGAGCUCCUGUGGCCGGGAGAGCUCGGUCUUGAAGUCAUCCAGCGAGCCCAGAUGCUGCUCAGACCGGCCAACUUCGUGCCGUAG